AUGGAGGUUUCGUUUCCAAUAUUUUCGUCGACACCUCCCAGGACGACGACUCCCACGAAAAUCAACAUCAUCGUAUCGAGCAUUCCGCUGUCCACAACGCGAAUCAUCAACUUGACUUUUCUGUCUUUGGGUACCAGCUUGAAUCUCUUGGUAAUCCUGGUGAUCGUCUUCAAGUCUUCCAUGAGAACGACCAUAAACCUCUAUUUUGUCAGCUUAGCAUGCUCGAACAUGGUGAUUCUAAUCGAGCCUCUCGAAGAAGUUCUUCGAUGGUUCUUCGACGUGGAUAUGAAACUAAACAUGGAUUACGUUUGCUUGAUCAGUUUCGACGUAUCCGUCAUAACGAUCGCUAUUUUGAAGUUCCAAUUAUACGUCAACAUCUUCCAUCACCAAGCGACUUUUGGACAAGUCCUGCUGAAGAAAUCCACGGCUCUGAAAGGCAUUUUGCUAACUUGGUCGGCGGGCAUCAUAUCCAUCGCCAUUGGUCUGCAUAUAUUCGACUACUUCGAGGGAGACAUGGCGGACAUUUACGUUUGGGACACGAUGCUGUUCAUUGGUCCGCCGUUCAUCAUAUGCGUUGCUCUUGAUACUUUGAUUCUGUACGAACUGAUGGUACUGAAAGCGUUGGAGGGAUCGUGGCGAUCCAACGAGAUCAGAUACUACUUUAUAUUCGUGAUCGUCGCAAUCGCCUUUUUACUGAUUCGUACGCCAUAUCGAGUGGCUCGAGCAAUAAAUUUCAUGAUACCGAAGGCGUCAUGUUGCACGGAACGCAAGAGGGAGGUCCUUUACUUCAUAGCCAAGACGUAUCCAACUAUGGUCCCCAUUAUUUACAUCGCGUUGUCGAGCGAAUUUCGCGAAGCUGUUCAGGUUCCAAACACAAUGACGAUUUAUUACAGCGAACACAUUUAUUAUCGAUAG